AUGGAGAGGACGCCGCCCGCUGAGCCGGAAGAUCAAAAAGCAGAAGUGGCAAACAUGGAAGCAGCUCACCUUGCAUCAGCCCAAGAUCUGGAGCAAGCCUUUGCUGAGGACGAGGGUUCGAUGUCGGGGUGGCGUUCCCGCCACCGCCAGUGCAUGGAUAUCCUGGUGCGACAACAAUGCGGUGAAAAGCGCCGUGACGAGCAUCUCAAAAGGCUGAAAGACAAGCUGGACGAGGAGACUGCGCGCAGGAUCGAAGCGGAGGCCAAAGUUACACGCCUUCUGGAUAUAGUCGAGGCUCUCGGACGCGGGACGAGAGUGGAGCAGCUGGAACUGGAGCUCGCCAAGAGCGCACAGAAGCACGAUGAACAAGUUCGAGCGCUUGUGGAGGAGAAGAACGAGUUGAAGCGCCGCUACCGCAAGCUCCUGACUCACGGAAUGCGCUUGGAUGAGGAGAACCAGCGCUUGAAAGAGAAGUGUAACGACCAGCACAAGCAGCUGCAGGAGUUCCUGCAGGAGACUACAAGCGGCUCCUCCCGAGAAGAGGACUGCGCCCACAGCUUGCCGACUGCAUCUUGCGAAGAGUUUCACCUCGCGCCCCGAGCGGCUUCUUUGCUGGAGGAAGCGACAGAGGAGAGCUCGGUGCUGUCGAGUGAAGAAGCACCGAACACCACGGAUCAUGACGACCAGGAAGGCUCUGACUCAGUGCCUAUGCCACUGAACCAUCUUCCGGAGCCGGUCGAUCCAACACUGCACACAGGAGUGAAUCUGCUGAGCGGCUUCUUUCUUCCUGUCGGAGACCUGGCAUGUGUCACGCGGUCGCCGGAUUGCCGUGCACGCUUCCUUUCCCGGGUGGUUCUGUUUGCAGCUGAGGACUGCGGGCCGGUUGGCUCCAAAGCACAGCAGCUGCAGUCUGAGAAGCUGAGGAGGGGCAUUGUCCGUAGAAUGCAAACAGCCGUGAUGAACUGCCAUUAG